GAUUUCCUGCCGGGACGGGGCCAGCCCGAGCGGGACUUUGCCGAGCGCCGCGCCGCCCUGCGAGCCGGGCAGCCGGGACCGCGCCGCUCCGGUCCCGGUACCGGUCCCGGUCCCAGUCCCGGUCGUGCUCUGCACGCUUGGCAAGUUGCUGCUCGGCUCUGUACUUCUCGGCGCGGUCCGGCACCGCACAGCGCGGUCCGGUGCGGCGCGGUUCGGUUCGGUUCGCCCCGGUGCUGGGCGGGCUGUGAGCGCGGCCAGGUCCUGGGCUGCUGUGCCGGGGCUCCCCAGUGUGGCUGCAGAGCUGUUGCCAAGAGGAAUGCCAAAACGAAGGGGCUAAUGAGCACCAGAGUGGGAGGAUCUAUAACUUCCAGAUGGCGACGAGCCCGUAAUCCCGUUGGGAAGAAUUAGGGACUCAUCAGCACAGCAGAGCCUGGCGAGGGGAGCAAAGCACGACACCUCCGGCUCUGGGAGUGCUGUGAGAGGCCAAGGGCAUCCCGAUGCCGACUGUGCCAGCUGCCCUGCCCCAAGCCGCCUGGCUUUGUCUCACAGAGCCCCGGUGCUGCCAGGAGCCCGUGCCUGAACGCUGAACUAUUUCUUAUUUUAAUUGAUCGCAUGUUCUCCAACCAAACCCCAUCCGGGUCCUGCUCCUCCCGACACAGAAAGAGACUUCUGCCCUUAACAGAAAGACUUCUUCCUUCUGGCUUUUAUGUCCCGUGGGAUUGUAAAGCAUCUUUAUUGCUGGAUUUCAUCUCCCAUCAGAGUGUGUUUUGAGGAACUACGUGCUUAUUCCUAUGGCUUUAUAAACCACCGGGAUCUGAGGGUCUCUGCCUUCUGUGCCCCCGCCGCUCCCACCUGUCUGCCAUGGGGCGAGAGCAGGAGUUGAUCCAGGCCGUGAAGAACGGGGACGUGCCUGGUGUGCAGAAACUGGUGGCCAAGAUCAAGGCGUCCAAGAGCAAGCUCCUGGGAUCUGCCAAGCGCCUGAACGUGAACUACCAGGAUGCGGAUGGGUUCUCGGCGCUGCACCACGCGGCCCUGGGCGGCAGCCUGGACCUCAUCUCGCUGCUGCUGGAGGCACAGGCCACCGUCGACAUCAAGGACAGCAACGGGAUGCGGCCCUUGCACUAUGCAGCCUGGCAGGGACGUGUGGAGCCAGUGCGGGUGCUGCUGCGCGCCGCUGCCUCCGUCAACAUGGCCUCGCUGGACGGGCAGAUCCCGCUGCACCUCUCGGCACAGUAUGGCCACUAUGAAGUGUCAGAAAUGCUGCUCCAACACCAGUCCAACCCCUGCCUCAUCAACAAGGCGAAGAAAACCCCCCUGGACCUGGCCUGCGAGUUUGGGCGGCUGAAGGUGGCCCAGUUGCUGCUGAACAGCCAUUUGUGCGUCGCCCUCCUGGAGGGACAGUCCAAGGAUGCUACUGACCCCAACUACACCACCCCGCUGCACCUGGCAGCCAAGAACGGGCACAAGGAGAUCAUCAGGCAGCUGCUGAAGGCCGGGAUUGAGAUCAACAAGCAGACGAAGACGGGCACAGCCCUGCACGAGGCCGCACUCUACGGCAAAACGGAGGUGGUGCGGUUGUUGCUGGAGGGUGGCGUUGACGUGAACAUCAGGAACACCUACAACCAGACAGCACUGGACAUCGUGAACCAGUUCACCACCUCGCACGCCAGCAAGGACAUCAAGCAGCUGCUGAGAGAGGCAUCAGGAAUCCUGAAGGUCCGAGCUUUGAAGGAUUUUUGGAACCUCCAUGACCCGACUGCUCUCAACGUCCGGGCAGGAGAUGUCAUCACGGUCCUGGAGCAGCAUCCAGACGGGCGAUGGAAGGGGCACAUCCACGAUGCUCAGAAAGGCACCGAUCGGGUUGGAUACUUCCCCCCCUCCAUCGCUGAAGUCAUCAGUAAGCGAACAGGCAUGGUUGUCCCCCGCGUGGCGCCCACGCACCAGCGCCAGGGUCCCCCCGGGGCCCUCCCGGUCCCCCCCGGCGGGUUGCAGCACCUCCCCGAUGAGUGUCCUCACCAGGCAGCCCCGAGCGUCACCCUAACCCGGACGGCCCCGGGCCCUGACAGCUCAGCAGGUGACAGAAACAGCGUGGGCAGUGAGGGCAGCAUCGGCAGCAUCCGCAGUGCUGGCAGCGGCCAGAGCACCGAGGGCACCAACGGGCAGAGCACCAGCAUCCUCAUCGAGAACGCCAGGCCGCUGCCCUCCGCCGGCGAUGACCUCCAGCAACACCUUUUGGGAUCAGAGCCACGCAAUGGGCAGUUGACCUCCCCAGCAGGGACACAGAGCCACCAGACCCCAGGCAGCUGCCCCCCUGGAGACGGGGUCUUCUCCCACCAGUUCUUGCGGCCUGAGCAGCUCCUCGAGGGCAAGGAUGCAGAAGCCAUUUACAACUGGCUGAGUGAGUUCCAGCUGGAGUCGUACACUGCCAACUUCCUCAGCGCCGGCUACGAUGUCCCCACCAUCAGCCGCAUGACCCCAGAGGAUCUGACAGCCAUCGGUGUGACCAAGCCGGGCCACAGGAAGAAGAUCUCCACUGAGAUCGGGCAGCUCAGCAUCGCUGAGUGGCUGCCCAACUACAUACCGGCUGACUUGAUGGACUGGCUCAGUGCCAUUGGAUUGCCUCAGUACCACAAAAAGCUAGUCAACAAUGGCUACGACUCCAUCACCAUCGUGACGGACCUGACGUGGGAGGAUCUACAGGAGAUUGGCAUCAACAAGCUGGGCCACCAGAAGAAGAUCAUGUUGGCCGUCAAGAAGCUCAGAGACCUCCGCAAAAGCCUCAACCAAGCAGAAGCAACUCUGGCAAGACGCAAAGUCCCUGGUGCCCUGGACAUUGUCACCAUCGAGUCGCUGGAGAACGGGGAGUGCCAGUCACCGCACACCCCCAAAAUGACGACUUUCCAGGACAGUGAGCUCAGCUAUGAGCUCCAGACAGCCAUGUCUAACAGCUGCCAUGAGACGCUUGGCAUCAAGAGCAGCCAGGGGAUGUCACGGAGCCAGGAGAGCAUUGGGGUGCGGUCCCGGGGCUCAGGGCACUCACAGGACAAUGUGUUGUCCCGGCACCUCUCCAGCCCCUCGCAGGAGAGCCUGGGCAGUGGGGAGAGCAGCAGCAGCAGUGGGCAGUCCUGCGGGCCGCCCCGCGGCAAGGAGAGCCCAGCCAGCCUGCCAGGACGGCCCAGCCCCGAGCCCUACGGGAAACUCAUCUCCCCCGAGGGCCUGAAUGGCUAUGCCAACGGCAGCGGGGGCAGCCCUCUCAAGGAGAGGAACCUGCCUGAAGGCACGGAUCAGUACGCCCGGCCGGUGGCUCAGAAAGGUGCCGGGACACCAGCAGUCACCCCAUGUACGCCUCCCCAGACCCCCAGCAAGGCGACAGCUCCGUACGUCUUCAUGUACCCACACGUCUCCUUGAAAUCCCCAACGGUCCCUUCCCUCCUGGGAGUGGAGCAGCCCAAGACCCUGCCCCACCCGUACCCCUCCAUCUCCUCCGGGCAGAAGAGCAGCUUGCAGUCGUCGGCCCAAAAAGCAUUCUCCUACCUGCACAGCCAGUGUGGCCCCACAGAGCCGCCCGCCAUGCCACCCACGCCUGGGGUGGCCCCGAGUGCCUGGCAAGCUGGGGAGCAGCACAACGGGGGCGAAGGCUUCAAGUACAAGAAGCGUUCGCACAGCUUGAACCGCUACGCGCUGUCAGACGGGGAGCACGAGGAGGAGGAGGGGGCGCCCACCAGCACCCUGGGCUCCUACGCCACCCUGACGCGGCGGCCAGGCCGCAGCCAGAUGCCACGGGCCUGUCUGCAGACGGAUGCCAAGGUGACCCGCAGCCAGUCCUUUGCCAUCCGGGCCAAGCGCAAGGGCCCUCCGCCACCGCCUCCCAAGCGCCUCAGCUCCGUCUCCAGUGCCCUCUCUGCCGAGGCAGGUGGUGAGCAGCCCCCCAACCCCGAGCGGCAGCCCGCAGCCCCCCAGGAUGUGGCCGACGCAGGUGCCAGCCCCAGCAAUGCCGGCCACAGCAGGACAGUGAAGAGCCUGGCGGCUGCGCUGGAGGGGACGCCAGGGGCGAGUCCGCCCAAGCCCCUCCUGGCCCCAAAACCGCUGCACGUGGCUCAGGACAGUCUCUCCAGGGCAGACGUGGACAAUGAGUCCUACAAUGGUGGUGACACCGGCAGCGCCACGCUGUCUGACACCGGCAGGGACCCCUUUGAGAGCAGCAAGCCACGGAGACGGACAUUCAGCGAGCCCAGCGCUCCCAUGACGGAGGUGGAUGCACAGGGCGGGCGGGAGGACGCCUGCUCGGACACGGAGGAGGAGGCCAAGCCAGGAGUCUCCUCCUCAUCCUCCCAGAACAGCUCCAGCGAGUGCAUCCCCUUUGCAGAAGAAGGCAACUUAACCAUCAAACAGCGGCCAAAGCCCACUGGGCACCCCAAGGCCGACACGGCCAUGCUGGACACAGAGCCUGGUUCCCAGCCGGCGGAGCUCCCCUGCUCCGCUGGGAAGGAGCCGGCAGCACCCACUACCACCAAGGAGCCUCCUGUGCUGGAGUUCAACCUCACCGAGUCGGACACGGUGAAGCGCCGGCCCCGCUUCAGGGAGCGGGAGCCACUGCAGGCGGUGCUGAAGGCGUUCAGCAUGGCGGGGCAGGCCGAGGCGGGGGCCAGCCCUGCGCCCCAGUACGCCCAGGCCCAAGCAGUGAGCAUCGCGGGUCCCGCCGGGCCAGCACCACGGCCUGGGCUGGCCGGGGAUGCCUUUGACGACGACAGUGUGGAGUUCAGGAUUGCCGAGAUAGAGAAAAGCAUCUUGUCGCUGGAGAAGGGGAUCAAGAAGGCACCGAGCCCCACCAAAGCCCCCAGCCCCACAGAGCUGCUCGGCACCACUGUGGUGAGGACGCCUGCUCCAGGUAUGUGGGCUUGCAGGGGUGUCCCUGAGGUGGUGGUGGGGCCUGAGGCUCCCUCCUGGGUUGGUACAGGAGGUGAGGAGAACGUGUGCCACCCCAUGCCUUCCUUUGCAGACAUCCCUGCCAAGCACACCUCCGUGGCAUCCACCAAGCUGGUCUUCUCCGGGCCCAAGACCAUCUACCAGCAGGUCCUGCAGCCCUCCCGCCACACCGUUGCUCCCUGGGCGGCCACCGAGGCUGUGCCAGAUGUGAUCGGGUCCCUGGCCGGUCCUGGCUCGCUGACGCUGGAGGUGGGCAGCAAGGUGUCGGCGAAGCCCUUGGCAGCUGCCCCAGGGGUCGCCCUGGCCCAGCAGCGGCUGGAGCAGACCAACUCCAGCCUGGCCGCCACCCUGCAGGCAGCUGAGAAGAAGAUCACAGUGGAGGAGGCGGAGAGCCACCCCGGGGCCGUGCACUCAGCCAAGAAUAUCCUGGAAGACAUCAGCAACAUGUUUGACGACCUGGCCGACCAGCUGGACGCGAUGCUGGACUGAGGCUUGCUCCCUCCUUCCCUUCCCCACCUCCAGCUGCUCCGCCAGUGCCCCCCAUGAUGGGGGGAGAGUGGAUCUGGCACCAAAUGGUGCCUCCAGGUCUCUCCAUCACUUCGCACUGCGGCUGGGAAAGCAGCUGCCCCUCCUCGCUCACCCCUGGCUCUGUAUCACACGUGCCAGCGCGGCCACGGGCCCAUUUCUGAGGGGGUCAGGCAUUUCCCACCAGACUGGCAGCAGGAGGAGAGCCCAGAGGGGCCGCACACGCGGUCCUGGAGGCCAGGGAGAAGCCCUCGCUCCCUUGCACAGAGCCGAGGAGCCUCCACAAGGGACCUUUCUCUUUCCCCGCUGCAUUGCUGAGUCCUGCCUCUUAUUAUUUAUCCCCUGCCAACAAUGUGUCAGAGAGACCUCCCUGGGCAGCCGCCACCGAGCUGGCUAUUUACUGAGCAGAUUCCAGCCCCGGCAAGGCCCGACAGCAGCUAAAAGAAGACAGGGCUUGUCGCACUUUGGCAGCUUGCGGAGCGAGAAGGAACCUUUCUGCUUUAUUUGUUGCUUUUCCAAACGCGUCAGCAUCAGGCAGCGUGUAAUCCAAGUGGAUCGAAAUCCCUCCGAUGGGAUGCACAAACCCCCUGAGACGGGCUGGCGCAGCCUGUGAAGCAGCGGAUGCUCCACCACAGCCCUGCCAGACAUGGAGGGCUACCUGCCCCUUCCCCAGAGCGAGGAGGAUGGUGAUGGCAGCGCCGAAGGCCUGUGCAUUUGUGCCAGUCCGGCUGGAUCGCGCUGCUAGAUGGGAGGCUGCCCUCUGCCGACACCAUGCCUCGGCAAACCACCACCCCGGUGCUUCCAGGGUGAAGUAGCAGUGUGGUUAGUGCUUCCCCCCUGCCCGCUUUUUUUCCUCCCCCAUCCCUUUUCUGGGGAGAAAAUGGCCCCUUUUCCCACUCCCCCUCCCUGCGGGGAGCCGCUGGCACAAACUCGGCUGUGAGCAUUGUUAAACAGUGGCAGCAUUUGGGGCUCCGGGAGGUGCUUCCUCGCAGCACUGAAGCCCAGCGGGAGAGGUGACCCCGCGUGCACUGGGUGGAUUCAGCUCGGCGACGGCUCCCGUGCGCGCAGGCUGGAUGCGGUCACAGCCCCGUGGCUGCAGCAGGGGAACAGCAGCGAGAGCUCAUUGCAUCCAAGCGGUGGGAACGGCUGCAUAGCUGGGAGACAGAUUUCUCUAGCAGGAUCUGUUCAGUAGUGCAUGUCUAAAUAUGUCCAAGAGCCCCGAACUUGGCUUGCGCUCGGCAUGCCAAGCAAAUGAAAGCAUCAGAGCACCAGAAGGGAACCUAAGAUUGUACUAAAGUGCCAUUUGCUACAAAAAUUCCAAACAAAGGGAAAAAAAAUAAAUCCACAUAUCCCCCCUUUUUAAAAAAUCCCCAAUGCAAAAGCAAACCGGGAAGGGAGAAGGUGGCUGAAAAAGCAGUUGCUUCCCAAUCCUUUUAGGAGUUUGCGGCUGAAUCAGACUGUUUGCAGCCUCUGGUCCCCGUGCACGGGAAGGGGAGCAGCCCCCGCGAGCAGAGCCCGCCUCGACAUUCCCGGGGGUCUCCGCUCAGGAGCUGUGCCACGGGCCGGGCGAGCAGGAGGUGCCUGCCCGCCUUCUAGGCUGAAAAGCAAAGAGAAAAAAGCCCUGCAAAAAAAUCAAAUAUGUUGUUGGCUGGGACUUGAGGUCAGUUGGAGGCAGUUAAGACAACUUCUCUCCUGGCUAGUUGGUUGCUCUGAUUUAUACAUCACAUUGAGUGUAUUUAAAUGACCGUGUCUGACAGGCAAGUGCUACGUCGUGGACCCGAUUGUUUUUAAAUAGCUACAACCAGUGGCACUUUAUCAAAAGGUUUGCAGAAACCUUUUAAAACUGAUUUUUACUCUCACAAGUCAACCUGGGAGAAGCCCAGUUAUUUUUUUUCCAAUGUUGAUAAACUGUAAAUGUUUUUUUUUUAAAGGCCAAUGUAUAUAUUUUAAAUGUGGUUUAUUAUAUAUAUUUACUAACCAGAACUGCAAGUCUUGUACUCUGGGGUCAGGGAUAAGAGGACACUGGGGUGGAGCUGUCGCUGUCUGAGCCACCUGAGGGCAGCACCACGCUGCUCUCAUUGUCAAUAAGGGAAUUAAACAUUUGAUUUUGCAGAAGAAUGCCUAUUUUUUAAGCUCUAGAUCUCUAUUUUGAAGCUACUGUAUGGUGUGUAAGUUAUGUACACUGCAACUGGGACUAACUGACCCCGGCUGCACCUGCUCCGUGCAGCAAGACAGUGAGGGGAAAAAAUAGCCCGUGUAAUCACCAGACUGACAACAGAUUUUAAACCAUCUGCUCUGUUUGUGUUAAUCAUGUGUUUUGUUUUACACUAACAUCCAUUAAGACUAAAUUCUAUUAAACAGUGGGGCGUAUUUGACCCUUUUGAUAGUUUU